AUGCUUUCCCUAUUACCCCUUCUAGGCGCCGCUAUGGCUCUUCCCUCGUUUCAGCUCUCCCUGAGCCAGUUGCCGCUCCACCACACGUUUUCCUCGUGUCCCAAAGACGUGCCUAUUUCAUGUACCAAUUCGACUCCAGUCGAAAACGCCUGUUGUUUCGAAAGUCCAGGAGGCGUCAUGCUUCAGACUCAGUUCUGGGACUAUUACCCGCCAAUUGGUGAUAACCACACGUUCACUUUACACGGUUUGUGGCCAGAUAACUGUGACGGCACGUAUGAGCAGUUCUGUGAUAACAGCCUAGAAAUCUCCAAGGGAGAGGUUAAAAGAAUCCUUAUGGAUACUUUUGGCGAUAAGGAGUUGUAUGAGAAGAUGCAGAAGGUGUGGAAGAACUUCAAUGGCGAUGAUGAAUCGUUGUGGAUCCACGAGUUCAACAAGCACGCCACGUGCAUUAAAACAAUUAGACCAACGUGUUAUAGUGAUUUUCUGAAGGACGAGAACGUGUAUGAUUUUUUCAAGAUCUCCAUGAACCUCUUUGAGGAGUACCCAACUUUCGACUUUUUGGCCAAGGCUGGUAUUCAUCCUUCGUUGGACGAGACAUACACGAAGAAGCAGAUUGCUGAGGCGUUAAACUCUCAGUUUAGCGAUAAGACUGUUUACUUUAAAUGCAACAAGUAUAACGCCUUGCAGGAGAUUUGGUACUUCCACCAUCUCCAGGGCUCGCUUUUGCAGGAACAGUUUAUUCCAAUCGAUGCACUUACCAAGUCCAGUUGCCCUGAAACCGGGAUCAAGUUCUUGCCCAAGGGCAAAUUCUCGCCUCCUCCUGGCCAGCCUCCAAAGGAUCCUAACGGCAGAUCCGGCUACGUUCGUUUGAGUGACCAUUCUGGAUGUCUUAUCAGUAACGGUCAGCAUUAUGAGUAUGGAACAUGCGCUACGUUCCGUGUUGUGGACUCCCAAUUCGGCGGCAAGAACUUGUUGAGCUCUAAAGGUGUUUGUGGCUUUGACAGCAAGGGCGACUUGACAUGUAACCGUUCAAACUCGAGAUCUAAGUUCCAGUUCCAGUUUGAUAAGGAAUCUAGACAUAUUGGCUUUGGCGGUAACUUCAAGUGGUGCUUCAACGAAGAAGGCAAGCAUGGCCACGGCAAGUACGUCCAGACGCCUAUCAAGUUGUCUGAUGGCAAGUGUGACGAGUUCACUUUAAAGUUGGCAUAA